CUAUAAAAGGGUUUUGGCCUCCAUCUCUCUUUCCCAACAGUAAAGGAACAAUAGCAGUUGUGUGAUUUGGUAAUGGCUGGGAAGGUAAUGCAUGCGGUUCAGUUCGAAAGCUAUGGCGGUGGAGCAGCCGGUUUAAAGCAUGUUGAAGUUCCGAUUCCCACUCCGAGCAAGGGUGAAGUACUGCUAAAGUUUGAAGCUAUAACCUUAAAUCCUGCUGAUUGGAAAACUCAGAAAGGCAUGCUUCGGCCUUUUCUUCCUCCGAAGUUCCCUCACAUUCCCGCCACUGAUGUUGCUGGAGAGGUAAUAGAGGUUGGACCCGGAGUGACAAACUUCAAACCGGGUGACAAAGUUGUCGCGUUGCUGAAUUUCUUUGAUGCAGGCGGUCUGGCCGAAUAUGGAGUGGCUAAGGAAAACCUGACGGUUCAGAGGCCUCCUGAAGUAUCAGCUGCUGAAGGUGCAGGCCUUCCCAUAGCAGGCCUCACUGCUCACCAGGCUCUCACACAGUCGGCCGGGCUUAAACUCGAUGGAAGUGGGUCCCAGAAGAACAUUCUCGUCACAGCCGCCUCAGGCGGAGUUGGUCAUUACGCCAUCCAGCUUGCGAAGCUGGGGAACGCGCACGUAACAGCCACCUGUGGUGCCCGUAACAUUGACCUAGUGAAGAGCCUCGGAGCAGACGAGGUUCUCGACUACAAGACCCCGGAGGGGGCUGCUCUCACGAGCCCCUCGGGCAAGAAGUACGAUGCAGUGGUCCACUGCGCGACGCCCAUUCCUUGGUCCGUAUUCGAGCCAAACCUGAGCUCGAAUGGAAAGGUGAUCGACGUCACCCCGGGACUUAGUUCAGUGCUCACUUUUGCUAUGAAGAAACUCACAUUCUCUAAGAAGCAGCUGGUGCCGAUACUCCUCAUCCCCAAAGGAGAGAACCUGCAAUUUCUUGUUGAUUUAGUUAGACAAGGGAAGCUCAAGACUGUCGUCGACUCGAAAACCCCGCUUAGCAAAGCUGGAGAUGCGUGGACGAAGAGCAUCGAUGGCCACGCCACCGGGAAAAUCGUUGUCUAUGAGCCAUAG